GAGCAUUCUGGGACGGACCCGGUUGCAUUUUGAAGGUUUAGAAGGCGGGAAAUUGGCGUAUGACCUGAAGUUCAGGCGAAGGACAUCAAGGUUCCGGAACGCUUCGUAGGAAGGCAUAAAGAGGAGAUGGAGCAAGCGAAAACUGCACAAGACGGCGAGACCAAAAGAGGUGUUUUGGCUCACUUGGAAGGACUAGAGGCUCAAAUGAACAGACCCUGUAAAAGGUAUGAAGAGCUACAGAGAGCUCAGGCUGAGGAAAGUGCUCCUAGAACCAGGAUUCAUAAACCCCAGCACCUUCGAGGCAAGCUGAGGGUAGAAUUGAAACAGCAGCAAGUCAGAGGUAAAGUGUUUUCUGCCAAUGUAGCGUCUGACCCAACAGUGGAGAUCGGAGAGCAAGAAGUUUUGGAAAGGAAACAGGAAAGCAUGAAAGCCAUUCUGCAGGCAUAUCAUUUUACAGGACUCAGUGGUAAACUGACCAGCCGCGGUGUGUGUAUUUGCAUCAGCACUGCUUUUGAGGGGAACCUGCUGGAUUCCUACUUUGUGGACCUUGUCAUACAGAAACCACUGUGGAUCCAUCAUCACUCCAUUCCAGUCUUCAUUCCUCUAGAAAAGAUAGCUGCAAAAUACCUACAGACUGACAUUCAGCACUUCCUGUUCAGUCUGUGUGAGUGCCUAAAUGCUUACUCUGGGAGAAAGUACCAGGCAGAUCGACUUCAGAGUGACUUUGCAACCUUUUUAACUGGACCCUUGCAAAGAAACUCCCUGUGCAACUUGCUGUCAUUUACUUACAAAGUUGAUCUUACGGGUCAGUCCUCGUUUUGUGCCAGAUUGCUGUAUGAGGACCUCACUGCGACUCUUCCAACUGACAUCACUGUUACAUAUCAAGAGUCAGAAGCACUGUCUGCUUUGUGGGAAGAGCAGCGAGUGUCCCAUGAAGGAUUGUUCCGCACAAAGCCCCUGCAUCACGUGUUUGCUUCAUUUGCAAGAGAAGAAGCGCUAGGUUUGAGCCUGGCCUCCUGAAAUGCUGUUUCUGUUGGGGCCAGCCGUAGAACUGCAAGCUGCUGAGAGGACAUGCUUGGUGUUGGCACAUCUGGCCACGGCAACAUCUACUGCUUCAUCAAGACGAGUAACCUUGAAUCCACAGACCUUGAGAUUUGGAGUUUUCCAUGAUUGCCUGGUC